UGUCCGUCGCAGUCAAAGCCGACUCCGCGACGACAACACAAAUCUAGCAUGCUUUAGCACUUUCGAACGCUGUGCUUUGUCGGCCAUCUUAGCCGGACCGUUUGCUGUUGCAGCCCUAGUCAGCGCGGUUACAACACCCAAACGUGGCCUUUACAUAAGGUGGUUUGAGAUCGGCCGCGGCCAAGUCGCUCGGGACCCCGGACCGAACGUAAAGUGGAACGGUUCACUGGAAACAAAACGGAACGAAAACGAAUGAGCGGUGCCGAGGCGGACCGCCACUCACUUGCCCGCGCCGUUGAAGCGGAUUGAGAUUUCCGUCUGUCAACGAUGCCGCUAGUGGAUUACCCCUCCGAUUCAGAUGACUCCGAGCCCGCAUCUGGCACCGACCAUGCGGAUUCCGAUCCGGGCGGCCCACCUCCGAAUAAGAAGCAGCGGACGGGAACCCCACCGGCACUCCCCCCUCUCCCGGCCGCGUUUCACGACCUCUACGCCGCCACAGUCCGCACCACCACCCGCGACGACCCGGGCCUGCACCAAGGCCGCACCCGCCAGAUCCCCCACGUCGCCGGCAACUGGCCCAGCCACAUCUACGUCGAGUGGCACCCCCCACCGCCCGUCCACGCGCUCCUCGCCAACCUCGUUUCGUCCCUCCAGGAGCAGGCGAGGAAAGCCGCGGGGCCUGCGGAAGUCACGAGUUUCCUGCUGAGCGACCUGGGGGCGCCGCAGCCGCUGCACAUCAGUCUGUCGCGGCCCAUCGCGCUAUCCUCGGCGGAGAAGGACCGGUUCCUGGCCGAGGUGGAAGGGACCUUCAAGUCUAGCGGGCUUGCAGCGUUUGGUCUGGGCUGUAGCCGGGUGGAGUGGCAUCGCACGGCGGAGAGCGGGCGGUCGUUUUUGGUGUUGAGGGUCUAUUCGCGGCAUUGUGCGGCGCCGGUAAGCGAUGGGGAUGCUCAGGGUGAGCAUAAGGAUGAGGAUGCGAAAUCGAUGGACAACAAUAACAAUAACCCGAAUCCGGAACUGACUGCAUUGCUAAGGCGGUGUAACUCGGUGGUUGCAAAGUACGGACAGCCGGAGCUCUAUCGGUGGGCAGACGCGGAGGAUGCGGAGGGGCAAGUCGGGAAUGCGUUUCACGUAUCGAUUGCGUGGUCUUUUGCCGAACCGACGGACGAGCUGAAGAGCGUGACGGACCGGGUGUUUGGCGGGAAUGGUGCACGCCAGAGGAUCCGGGACAUACAGAUACCCGUUGACGGGGUCAAGGUGAAAAUAGGGAAUGCAGUAACGCACGUUGCGUUGCGCCAGCCGGGAAAGAUGGCACUCGAGAGGGGUGUGAAGAACUUGCUUGGCUUGUAGCCGCCACAUGGUGCGCGAAGGGAUACGUUGCCGUGCUGGUACAGCUGGUGUGUGUAACAUCUAAGGUAGGUACAGCCGUACAGGUAGGUAGAUACUAGUAGUGUUGCUAUCACAGUCACCUACGGUAGUUUACUCCGGUCGGGUACGCCUUCUGUACUCCUCCGCAGACUGACAUUUCCAGAAAAUGUAAGGUGCCUUAGUAGUACCUAUAUACAAUCCCACAAAAUGUGCAUACCCAGGGAAGUCUAAGC